GAUGUUGAUCUAUCCACGUAUUCGAGUGAAACCUGAAUUUUUAGAUAAAGCCCCAAUAGGUUCUAUUUCUGGUGGCAGCAAAAAUGGCUGGAUAACAACUGAGUUGUUUGAAAUAUGGUUUGAUCAUUUUUUACAAGCAGUCCAGCCUCAGUCAAGAAACCAACCAGUUCUUCUAAUUUUAGAUGGACAUUCAAGUUAUAAAAAAAAUCUUAGUGUUAUUAAAAAAGCGCGCCACUCAAAUGUUAUUAUUUUAUCACUUCCAUCCCACUGCACCCACAAACUGCAACCACUUGAUGUUUCGUUUUUUAAAAGCCUCAAAAUAUUCUAUGAUCAGGAGGUUAGUACUUGGCUUCGUCACCAUCCUGGUCGUCCCGUAACUGAACUAGAGGUUGGUGAAUUAUUUGGAAAAGCCUAUGGGAAAGCUGCAACUGUUCAAAAUUGUCAGUCAGGGUUCAAAAAAUGUGGAAUAUAUCCAUUUGAUAGAAAUGUGUUUACUGAAGAAGACUUUGCUGCAGCCAAGGCUACUGAUCACUCGUAUGUUGUAUCAAAAAUUUCAAAACCAAAUAAUACCUCUGAAAUGCACCCUACUCUCAACAAUGGGUUAGACUCUGCUAAAGAAUUAGAUAAUAUUGAUUUUGUUACAGAUUGUGUUAUUGACACUCAAAAAGAAUCUAUUUCACCAAAUUCAUCAUUUACACUUCAGAAGUCAUCAGAAUUAGCCACCUCACACGAUGAAACCUCACAACCUUAUGGUGUUACAUUUGGAUCACUAGCUGGACUUGACAUUAAAAAUGCAAAGCGAACAGGUAUAAAAAGGAGGGUAAAUCAUGCUGAAAAAAUUACUAGAUCACUAUAUAAAUCUCAGCUAGAGGAAUCUUUAAACUUGAAAUAUAAGAACAGACAGCCACGUAAAAAGUGCAUUAAAAAAAGUAUAUCUACUCAUCAAAAGACGUGUUUGAAAAACCUUGAUGCUAAAGGUGCGAUUAAUAAACAACUUUGUGCAAAGUGUCAAUACAGUUAUGGUGAUCCUGUCGAUCCUUAUUUAAAAGAUAAUUGGGAUAAAUGCCUUAAAUGCUGUAGAUGGUGGCAUGAAACAUGUGCUGCUAUAUGUGGUGUUUAUACUAAAAAAGUAUUUACUUGUGAUGACUGUAUAAAGCACUGAUUCUUAAAAAAAAAGUUAUAUGUCAUAUAUUGAUAAAA